AUGGCCGGCGUGUCAACUAUUCUUCUGGGCCUGGCCCAAUUAGCAGCCAUAGCCCUUGCUUCCCCUAUUUCCCUACAAAAGCGGGCGCCAGAGUAUUGUAGUUCCGGUGGAAUAUCCCGCCUUGGUUCUCUCCUUGAUGUCAAUUCAGCGACAGCGUUCUGCAGCGAAUACUUAGCUAUCCCAACCGUGACCAUUCCUGCGACAGAAACUCUUCAGACAUACACUACCGUUACUUCAACAAUCGAUCAGUAUGAAGCAACCACCCAGACCAUUUCUACACAGACACUGUGGGCCACAAUAUCCACAACCGUAGCCACAGUUCCAACUACGGUGGCAACAUCUGUUUCAACGUCAGUCAGCAUUUCGACAUUUACAGUCACUCCGGCAAGGGUGACAAUCGCUACCACUGCUUGGUACACAGCUGGAGUCGCCAAACGUGAUGAGGCGGAGGUUGUAAAGCGUGCUGCCGAAACUCCGGCCUUUGUUAAAGGGUUUGCACCACAUGCUAUUUCCAGUGCCUGCAGCUGUCUGGAUGUUCCAUCACCUUCAGUUACGGCAACUGAAACCGUCUAUAACCCGAACACCAUCAACACCCAAGUCACGAAGACAAUUACAAACACUGUUCACGCUACUUUGACUCUCUCUUCAACCUCAACUGUUCGAUUAACAUCCUACGUCCCGAUAACCAAAAUCUCAACUUACAUAUCCACCACGAUUACCACAAUUACAACGGCAACCCCAACAUUCACGUCCACAAUUUCAUCAGCUUUCAGACCUCAAUGCACAGCAAUUCUGAGCCGUCCCAAGCUCUUCACCGCUAUUCAGCCACUAAGAUCUUGGUCAUAUCCAUUUGCAACAACCGGAAUCCCUAAUGGAGGCCUCAACGAGCCAACUUUUGGCCAAUGCUGCGAAUUAUGCUACCGCACUCCGGAUUGCGGACAGUAUUAUACGUAUCAGGCUCGUCCUGGGGAUUGGCGAUGCCAAAUCAUAUACUCUUACGGCGCAGUCCCUCAAGGCGUCUCGGCUCAAUGCCCUAAUGGAAGAGUCGUCGGGGAAGGUGUGUCUGGACCGGCGGCAUGGGUGGCGGGUAAUCAGGCUCGUGGAAUUGGACCAUGUUAUGGUUACACUGUUCCUGUGUGA